AUGCCGAAAUACUACUGCGACUAUUGCGAUAUUUUCCUCACGCACGAUUCCGUAUCCGUGCGUAAAGCGCACAACACCGGGUGGAAGCACAUAAACCAAGUGGCCGCAUACUACCACGGCCUCGACCACGACAAGACACAGGAGAUCAUUGCAACCAUUAAAACGGCCUACGAA